UAGAACGCUUGGAAUACAGUUUUGUACUCGAAAUUUUACUUUGAGUUAAGGUUGGAUCUAAACAACAGCUUGAAUGGAAUAUAUAAAUGAGGACGAUCAUGUCCAAAGAAUUGCUCACCACCAACCCACAACAGUCUUUCUUUCCUUUCCUACAUUCUUUCGCUUUCAUUUGCUUUGUUUCUUACUAGAUCUUUGAAUCUAUUCACUUUCGUUCACGCCGAAUUCAAUCACCCUCACUUGCUUUCAUCUCCAUAUCAAGAUGCAUUCCAGCCAGCUCUUCCUCUCCUUAGCUGCAGUAGCUAUCAACACUGUCACUGCCGACUCCGCCAACCCCGUUGGAUACCCUACAGACACCAGCGAGACUCGUUGCGAUGGCCUGGUCCGACCAACUUGGGCCGACUGCCAUCGACUUCGCGACGGUCUCGUCAAGAGUGGCUCCGAAGUCCCCGCUGGGCCAGGCUAUCUAGCCGGAAAGGUCGUCUCAGACGGAAAAUGCCAGUUGCGCCAUGUGAUGUGCGAACAGAGCAGCGCGACCUUCACAACUCCGGCCAACAAAAUGGGGGAUUUCAUCAACCUGAUCGAGAGGACCUGCGUGAUUGGCGACGACCUCGUCUCCGGUGGCGCUCAUCGUUACGGCCAGGCUUGCAUCAUCAUCGAGGACCCAAACAACAAGUACUCCAAGAGGGACGGGGACGACACCCUAGAGUUCUUCACUACCGAUGGGACCUUCGACGACCAGGGAAGGCCAAACCUGACCCCCGCCACUAGGGAAGACGUCUUCCUGAAGGAGCCCAUCGCCACCAAUAACGAGAAGAAGGAAAGCCGCGCCGCAGUCCCAUUCGGAGACAGCCUCAAGUCCCGCCAGUGCAACCCGCCCAGCGACCCAUGCGGCACCUACACCGAGCUCACCUUCAUCAAGAACUUCCGCGGCUCCGCCCACAAGGUCUGCAACGACGUCCUGCCCAACGGCGCCAUGUGCGCGGAGGCCAACACCCAGACGAUCACCGAGGAGACAAGCAUGGCCACCACACUCCAGGCAAACAUUGCGGAGGUCAUCACUGUCGGCGGCACUUUCACCCAGUCGUCCGGCAAGCAGAACAGUGAGACUCUGACCACCACCAUCGUCGUCAAGGAUUGCCCCAGUGGUAAGGGAUACGUCGUCUGGUACCCUUACUUCGAGGUCAGCAGGGGCAAGUGCGGUCAGGGCAAGACCGGCAGCUGCGAUGGCACUUGCUACGCUGAGAUCAAGGACGUCGACUGCGAGUUGAGGAGGCCUAUCCAGCCUGGCCAUGGUGUGUUGACUGGUGAGUAUGGUGUCCAGUGCAUCUAGAUUGGCGCGAGGGACUCGGACGAUGGGAACUGUUUGGAAGUCAUAGCGGGAGGUGUUUGGAUUCUGGUCUUCUGUCUUGGGUGUUCCCUUUGUUUCAAAAACGCCAUGCCGUUCGUUUUGUCUUUUGUUUGAUCAUUUGCUGUUUUAUCAAGUCUGUCUGUUUGUAUGCUUAGCUGUUAGAAGUAGAUGUACUUUAGGGGAGGAAAAAGCGCCAGUAAAAUGUAUGCCUUUCAAGCCUUA